AUGAUGACGGAAACAACAACACCUUCGGAAAAGAUUUUAAAUCAUGUUGUGGCAGUGGAUGAUGAAACACUUGUACUUUACAUUCAACCCUCGCCAUCUAGGAUGUUCAAUUUCAAAAAUUUCAAUAGUUAUAACAUGAAUAAUUGUACAAAUAUUCGAACGCCGUGUGCCUCGUUGGCGGAGGCUCUUCAAUUUGCUCAAAGAAAUACUAGUUUUACAAAGGUGUUGUUAAAAUUGAUGAACGACAGUGAUGGCAAUGUGACGUAUGGAAGUGAACAAUGUCUAAUUGAUGUGAAUGGAUAUUUUCGACAAGUGACGAUCACAUCUCUGAAUUUACAACAAAUCAUCACAUUGGAUUGUAAUUAUCAGAAAUUGAACAAACAUUUAGGUGCAGCAAAUUUGGUGAUUUUUGGAAUUAAAUUAUUCAGAAUGGAUCUAUGGUUGAUGUAUCCAACAAUCGUAAACUUGGAUGUGACAGGUGUGGAGUUGAAUCAUGUCCGUAUUUUAGAUGAAGAUGUGACAACAAUCACACCACUUCUAAAAACCAUUACCAUCUCUCUUAGCUCGAUCAAAAAUUCAACCAUUUCUGUUCAAAACAAGCGUUGGAUUGAAAUCAAAAGUUGUGACGUUUCAAACUCGAGCAUGUCCUCUAAAAUUUCAUCUAAAAUAUCAUUGACCUAUUGCAAAAUUGAUAAUUUUCAAUUUACAGUUGAUGAUAGGAUAUUGGCACUAAGACAGUUGAAUAUUGAUUUCAGCAUCAGCUAUUGCCGAAUCAUCAAUUCCACUUUUAUUAUUUAUGAAUUUAACAGCACUAUUUUUGAAGAUGUACAAUUCUAUGGCACUAAUAUUAUCCAGCACCUAUUUUCAUAUGAAACAAAAUAUUCAAGAGUUACAGCAAGAGAUAAGGCAGACUUUAAAUUUCAUGGAGUCACAUUUAUUUCGCUAGGAAAAUGUACAUUUACCGAUUUGGAAGCAUUGGACAAUUCUAACAAGUAUAUUAUUAGUGUCGAAACUACUUCAGGAUUACUUCUUGAUGCUGUCACGAGUUACAACAAUAGAGCUCCACUUUUUUAUAUUCGAGAAGCACAAGGUAUUCGAGCGUAUGAUUUAAAUUUCACAAAUAACGUAGGCCCAUGUAUGACUGUGAAAUCAAACCUAUAUGAACCUGUACCUGGCCUGACGUCUUCCUUUCAAAUUUAUUCAUCCACUUUUGAGAACAAUUUUUGUACGACUGAGGAAUGCAAAGGAGGAGCUCUUCAAGUCGUUUUUUACUUGCUUCACAUUCAAUCCUCUGUAUUGAGAAACAACAGUGCUUUUAAUGGAGGAGCCGUUCAUGUUGAGACGGGUCUUCUUUCAUUAUUUAGUGUGGAAUUCAUUCAAAACAUUGCGAGAUCCAAAGGGGGUGCUGUUUAUAUUGGUUCUGGAACGUUUAACAGUGCACCCCUUAGUAUUGCAUUUAAUUGCUUGUCCAAUAUUGCAUACUAUUCAGGAGGAUGUAUCUAUUUUCACUCACCCAUACAAUCACCCAUUAACUGGAAAGACGUCAUCUUCAAUCAAAACGAGGGAAUGUCUUAUGGAAAUGAUUUGGCAGAGUCAUUACAUUCCAUUCGAUUCGAUGUGUCUAUUCAGUACGCAUCUGGUAAUAGCUCCAUUUUUCGAAAUAAUCAAGUUCCUGAAUUAUAUCUGUAUCCUGGACAAUUAGUUUCUAGUAUUGAAAUAACGGUAUGGAAUAACGUAUCUGAGAGAGUGAAAUUCUUGGAAAAUCCGAUAAGCUAUCAAUUGGACGAAUCUAAAAAUGCAUUGCUCAAUUAUGACAAGAACCCCAAUAAUUCUCUGGCACUCUCAUCAUUGACCGUUGCCAUUUUCACACCAAAUGUUCGACAAGUAUUUCCAUCGAUUUAUCUUGACACCAAUACAAGGAUUGAUACAAUUGUUCACAUUGAACCUUGUCCUCAAGGAAAAAGUCUUGUCAAACAAGACGUGUUAGAUGGUGCAUGGAUUUGUGUGGAUGAGCCGUAUAUACCCUAUGAAACCAUCAUUGCUGUAGCCUCAAUUACCUCCAUUCUAUUAUUCUCAUUAUUUCUUCUUGCUCUGUAUGCAUUGUUUCGUUUAAUUAGAAACAUCAUUUCCAAACUGAAACGAUUGGAGAAGAAGGAGAAAGCUGAAAAGCUCAUGGAGUCAAAACUUUUGGAAAAACGAGUCGUGUUAAUGGAAGGACAUGACCAUCAUGAAUCUGCUCUCAGCAAUUCACUUGGUGAAAAAUCACCAUUACUUGUGAAUCAUCACGACGGUGACAAGCAGGAUUCAUCCCAAUCGAACAAUGGAAGUUCCUCAAAAAAAAGCGUCUCCUCUCACACCUCUCACCAUGCACGAGAAUAUUCACAAUGGAUCAUUUCCAUUGACGAAAUCGAAAUUAUGAAACGAAUUGCAGACGGUGCAAAUGGUACCGUGUAUUUGGCAAGUUGGAACGGAACUAAGGUUGCAUUGAAAACUCUCAAACAUAGUGAUGAACCUCUCGACGCUUCUAGUGAAGAUGAAGAAUUCGAACGAGAAGCAUCUCUAUUGGGAAGCAUUUCGACAUCCGAAUAUUGUACAAUUUUUUGGAGUUAUUCUUGCAGGAAGCAAAAAGUAUAUGGUUGUGGAAUGACUCUAUUUCAGAAAAUUGAUAUUUUGUUUGGAGUUGCAAAAGGAAUGAAUUAUUUACAUACACUGAAACCAAAGGGAAUUAUUCAUAGAGAUUUGAAACCUGGAAAUAUUUUGAUUGACAAUCAUUUCACAGCAAAGAUUUGUGAUUUUGGUUUAAGUAAGGCAUUGACAGAUUCCAAUUCAGCAACCACGAAUAUUGGAACAUUGUCCUAUAUGGCUAAUGAAAUGAUUGAAGGAAAUUCCAACUACAAUCACAAGGUAGACGUCUAUAGUUUUGCAAUCAUCAUGUGGGAAUUAUUCUUUGAAGAGACUCCAUAUCUGAACUCGGCCUGUGAAAAGCUUUACAAAUUUAUUGAACAAGGUGACGAUGUUUCGAGGUUUAAUGUCAUUGUAAAAGUAUUGAAAGGUGAGAGACCAGUGAUACCUUUUCGAAACCAUGAAGAAAUGAGAGAAUGGAUUUCCGUGUAUUUGAUAGACCAAACCAACACAUUACAAACAUCGUUGGAUAUUUUGUGUGACGUGACACAAGAAUUCGUUUCAAUCAUGACAUCUUGUUGGAAUGCCAAUUAUUCAGAAAGGCCUGAAUUUAGUGAAGUGUGUUUGAGACUUUCAAAAUUACUAGAGUACUCAAAAUAG